UCAGAGGCACCCAGAAAAAUGAAGCCGACCCAGCCCUGGCCCGAGGGCCGACGGGCAAGGGCGGAGGUGCAGCGGCGGCUCGGCCGCAGUUCGCUGUAACGUGAGCCCGGCUGCGGCGGAAGGGCGAUCAGGGGUUGGCUCUAAGCGGAGGGGAGGCGGAGGAGACACGCGCUUUGUCCUCCGCUGCCAAGGUCCCCAAGGAGGUGAAAUUGGAGCAGAGCCUCCAAGGACACAAGAGACGCCAAGGAAGGAAGGACUCCGCAGAACCAGCAGACGUCCUCAGGAGCCGCUCAACCCAGCACAGGAGCGGGAAUCCCAGCCAGGGCCGAGUGUCCACUCGGGAACCUUCGGCGGCGAUCGGCAGCCCCUCCUUCACCUCCAACCACCGCCUCGGGCCCCCCAGCCUAGCCGGAAACAGCCGAGCGGAUCCGGAAAUAGCCGACAGGACCCGGAAGCGGGCAGCGCAGUCACCAGGGAGUGCGGGAAUCCGCCGUUUGAGCUGAGGCGAUGGCGGCAGCUGCGCCCGCAGCCCCAGGCGAGGACAGGAGGCUGCAGCGGCCGGGGGCCGCGCUGGACCCCCAGCCGCCAGAGGGGGCAAAGGUUGAGGCAGAGUCAGAUGAGCUCUGCCGGCUUCGGACUGAGCUGGCAGGCGCCCUGGCAGAAAUGGAGACCAUGAAGGCUGUGGCUGAGGUGAGCGAGAGCACGAAGGCUGAAGCAGUGGCUGCAGUGCAGCGGCAGUGCCAAGAGGAGGUGGCCUCCCUGCAGACCAUCCUGAAAGACUCCAUCAGCAGCUAUGAGGCUCAGAUCACAGCCCUGAAGCAGGAGCGGCAACAGCAGCAGCAGGACUUCGAGGAGAAGGAGCGAGAGCUGGGCCACCUUAAGCAGCUGCUGGCCCGGGCCCAUCCCCUGGACUCCUUGGAGAAGCAAAUGGAAAAGGCCCACGAGGACUCGGAGAAGCUGCGGGAGAUUGUGCUGCCCAUGGAGCAGGAGAUUCAGGAGCUGAAGGCCAAGCUGCUGAGGGCGGAGGAGCUGAUCCAAGAGAUCCAGAGACGUCCCAGGCCGCCCCCUGCCCUGCAUGGCUCCACAGAGUUACUGCCGCUGUCAAGGAACCCGUCUCCUCCGCUGGAGCCCCUGGAGGAGCUGAGUGGAGACGGGGGUGCAGCAGCUGAGGCCUUUGCCCGCAACUGUGAUGACAGCGCGUCCAUCUCCUCCUUCUCCCUUGGCGGGGCUGGCAGCAGUGGCUCCCUGCCCCGCAGCCGCCAGGGCCUGAGCCCUGAGCAGGAAGAGACGGCCUCUCUGGUGUCUACUGGCACCCUGGUUCCUGAGGGCAUCUACCUGCCCCCUCCUGGUUACCAGCUGGUGCCAGACACCCAGUGGGAGCAGCUGCAGGUGGAGGGGCGGCAGCUACAGAAGGACCUGGAAAAUGUCAGCCGUGAGCGGGACGAGUUGCAAGAAGGCCUGAGAAGGAGUAAUGAGGACUGCGCCAAGCAGAUGCAGGUGCUCCUGGCUCAGGUCCAGAACUCAGAGCAGCUGCUACGGACACUGCAGGGGACUGUGAGCCAGGCCCAGGAGCGCGUGCAGCUGCAGAUGGCAGAGCUGGCCUCUUCCCACAAGUGCCUGCGCCGUGAGGUUAAGCGGCUAAAUGAGGAAAACCAAGAUCUCCGGGCUGAGCAGCUGCCAUCAGCAACCCCCCAGGGCUCAGAGCAAUACCAGGGCAAGGAAGAGACUCUGCCUGGCUCUGUUCAGGAGCUGCAGCAACUGGUCCGGCGCACACGGCAGGAGGCGCGGGCCCGGCAGCAGACUCAGGAGCACGAGGCUGAGCGUCUGCGCAUCGAGGUUGUGACACUGCGGGACGCGCUGGAGGAGGAGACGGCGUCCAGGGCCAGCCUGGAGGGGCAGUUAAGGAUGCAGCGGGAGGAGACAGAAGUGUUCCAGGCCUCCCUGUGCAGCCUGAGGACAGAGGUGGAGCGGCUCCAGGAGGAGCAUGGCAAGGCCCAGCUCACAGACCUCCUCUCUGAGCAGAGGGCCAAGGCACUGCGGCUGCAGGCUGAGCUGGAGACCAGCGAACAUGUGCAGAGGGACUUUGUGCGACUGUCCCAGGCCCUGCAGGUGCGCCUGGAGCGGAUCCGCCAGGCUGAGACUCUGGAGCAAGUGCAUAGCAUCAUGGACGAGGCACCCCUGCGGGAUGUCAGGGACAUCAAGGACACCUGAAGGGCCAGACCAGAAGCCACCCCACCCUGAGCUCUCCCACCGGGAGGAAGACUGCCCUCACCCAGACCUGUGAGGCCUGGGCUGCGGGGACCCUGGGUGUUGUCCUCACUGUUUCCAAGCCUAGGGGUCCUUCCACCUGGUGCCUCCUCCCAGGGUGGCCGGGCCUGAUGCUCUCAGGGAUGACACCUGGGCGAGGGGCCCAGCCCCUCCUGGAACCAAAGGUGCAGGCUGAGCCCUGUGGCUUUCUGGCUGCCAUGCUGUCUCCUGGGCUUUCCCACUCCAUCCCACCAGCCAGCCCAGAACAUGUCACAACCUGAGGCCUGGCCCAUGGGCUGUC